GUAAAGGAAGGGGGCGGGAUUUCGAAGAUGACACAGACCCUAGAGUGCUCGAAAGCAGUGCGAAGGAAGCUUUGUGUAAUUUUCGGCAAGGAAUCUGUGUUAGCGAGACCUCAGCGGUUCACUGCAGCUAACUGGCAGGACUACCCGUGUUAUAAACCUUUGAGCUAGAAGACACAUCUCUAUGGUCAAGUACACAUAGAGCGGUCCUUUCUUCCCCACGUGGUGGGGCUGCGCAUGAGCAGUAGCCGGUAGCCACAGCUUUGGAAACAUGGCGGAGCAAGGGCAAAGAAAAAAGAUUCCUUUGGUUCCAGAAAAUCUCCUGAAAAAGAGGAAGGCGUAUCAGGCCCUUAAAGCCACUCAAGCGAAGCAGGCACUUUUGGACAAGAAGCAGCAGAAGAAAGGAAAAGAGGUCAAGUUUAAGCGACUGGAAUGGUUCCUACAUGAUUCCUGGCGGCAGCAACGCGACAGGGUGCGCCUCAGACGACUAGAAGUGAAACCUCACGGUUUGGAAGUGCCGGAUAAACAUUCCUUGGCCUUUGUUGUACGCAUCCAAAGGAUUAAUGGGGUGAGUUCGCUGGUGCAGAGGACCAUUGCAAGGCUUCGCCUGAAGAAGAUUUUCAGUGGUGUCUUUUUCAGAGUGACCCCCCAGACCAUAAAAACGCUGCGUAUAGUGGAACCGUAUGUGGCCUGGGGAUUUCCAAAUCUGAAGUCUGUCCGGGAACUCAUCUUGAAACGUGGACAAGCCAAGGUCAAGAAUAAAACCAUCCCUUUGACAGACAACACAGUGAUUGAGGAGCACCUGGGGAAGUACGGUGUUAUUUGCUUGGAAGACCUCAUUCAUGAAAUUGCCUUUCCGGGGAAGAAUUUCCAGGCCAUUUGUGACUUCUUACGUCCUUUCCAUCUCUCAGUGGCCCGUCAUGCUACCAAGAAUAGAGUGGGCUUUCUCAAGGAGGUGGGCUUACCAGGCUAUCGAGGCGAACGCAUCAAUCAGCUCAUUCGGCAGCUGAAUUAAACCCAGAAUAUCUGAAAGCACAGCACAUUGGAGGUGUGUUUUGUCUUUUGGAAUUGUUAUCAGUAUCUUCAAAGAAGAUAUUUUCUGCUAUACCUUCAGAAACUAGAGCGGGGGAGUCAAGGAAAAGAUGAUGACGUUCCUGGCAGGCACGUCUCAUCACAGCCCAGUUCCAAGAAAAAAUUCCAGUGUGUUUUCCACGUUGACUACACUGUCACCCCUUAAGUCAGCAGAGGACUCAUGCCAUGAAAGAGAGAAUCCUGCUACGUCAUAUCUUCCAUUCUGGGGUUUAAUGUUAGUAAACGAGUAUCCAAGCAUGAAUACAAGACAGCAGUGGACCACGCUCAGGGACAUACUUGAACCUGGGGGUUCUUGGGGCUUUGUUUUGGAAGGAAUUUAAAAUAUAGUUACAAAGAAGAGCACAAACACGGUU